CGUCUUGAACCGUUUUCGCCAUCUCCGCGCUCGACCCGCGGUGCUGCUGAGUUUUUCUGUACUUCGGUUGCCCAACACAGUUACUAUGGUGCCGCCCGAAGGUUGAUCUGCGGUCUGGAAUCUCGACGUCGCUUAUGUGGUGAACAACGAUGUUCACAUCAACUCGGGCCAUCACGUUCCCAAAAGUACUCGCGACAAUAGCGUUGACACUGGCAGAGUCGCUCAAAAAUCAGAACGUUUGUCUUCAAGCUCUGGGAACGCCUUCCAAGGUUACCACGGGUGCUGAUAAUGCUCAGUGUCCCGUUAUUCCCUGGCGACGUAAAGGGUCGAAGCUGUCUGGUAGAGCAAACCGCCCCGGCCUUCCUACUCGAAUCCUCUUCGGACUACUCAAAUCCUCCUCAGACUACUCGAAUCCUCCUCAGAUGAGUUCUUGUUUGCUCUGUCUCUCACGGGAGCAGUCACCACAUCACACCGACCAGUGCGAGGUGGUGUAUGACGCCUCUGAGCCUGCAAUUGCGGGCGACAUCUAUGGCGGCGAACAGUCCGUCAAUACACCGAUAUCUCUCAUACUAGCGCAAACUCUCGACUAUCUGGGGCGCUCACGUACGCAUUUGAGGCUCGAUGGUUCUCUUCGGAGCGGUCUCACCGGGCAAAGCAUCGAGCGGUCCACGUUGUCUUCCAUGUGCAGUAACCUGCGAGGGAAGUAUCGACCCUGUAUCAUCGACGAUACAGUGGCAGAGGGCAGGACUAACGUGGCCAUCUAUCUGAUGGCGACGUAUGGCAGCAAGCCUCUCGAGACAAUGCCCGACAUUCACCGCCAUUUUUCCCUUGCCGUCUACCCAAACCAGGGAGGAGCGGAGCAUGUCCAUACCACGCCGGAGUGGAAAGGAAAGCGGAUGCAAUGGAUCAUCGCUUUCAAAUAUGACGUCCCCGCACACGUCCUUCGUCAACGGUGGUUCAAUCGAUGGCGAAAUGUGCAGGACAACCGGAUGAUCGGAUCGAAUCAUCGUUUCGGACCGGAGGUAAUGGGAUACCUUGACGCACAAUCUACCAAGAAGAUGAACAGGUGGCAGAGAAAAUGCUUCAAGGACCCGAGCUUGAUUGACAAGAUGGUCGACGCUUGCCUGUCGAACCCGAGCAGGUUGUCUUGUCGUGGAUCACACAAUUCUGCAGGAAGGACGAAUUGGCGGUGUGGCUCCACUGUGUCUUCAAACACAAGUGACACGUCCAUGCGCAGCUCUCGCACGACUCACAGCACCUAUAGCACGGCUUCUUACGACAGCGUUCACCCAAAACACUCUGGGAGGAAGUCGAAGGUGCUAUCUCUUCGCGGUGUUGAUGGCCGCUCUAUGAAGAUCAGUGAGGCUCCAUCCUUGGCUUCGAUUCAUGAGACUGUACCUGUGCAACUUCCCGAGCAUCCCACGACACAGAUUGGUAGCAGCCACCCAAGCGUGCGCUAUACGCCUCCGAGUGUGUCAUUCAACAAGCCGCAGCGCGAGGUUGUACGCAAACCUAGUACUAGUCAACUGGUUGCCGACGGUAUCAGGAGGUUCACUAGCAUCAGACGGAUUCCUUUGCGCAGAUCGAGCCGCGAGUCAUGAUGCAGUCGCGAGCAGCGCAGCCACGCAGUAUUCAAUCGCAUGCUGUCCUGCUGCGUAUAGCCCAUUCCCGACCAAUCAUGAUGCAGGCACAUGGACUUGACAGAAUUUUCCCGAUCCAUAUUAUUCAUUCACUUCCAUAUCCUUUGCUAUCGCCCGAGAACUCAGGCCUCAGGAUCCAGCUUCCCGUCCAUCGCACCUCGCUCGCUUCUUACCACUCCGUAAGCUAUCCGCGUCUGGUCAAUUGUACGUUCUAUGCCUUUAUACCCAUCUACGAAUAUCGUGUACUUUCCCCUCUCCCGCUCGGACCAGAUGCUUUGCGGUCAUCUAGUUAUACAGUAUUAUGAAUCCUUCUCCUUGCCAGUGGGAAUGGACACCGAAGAGAAGGAUCUGAUACGUCCAAUCCACCAG